AUGGAGGAAAAUGCUUCAGAAGUUUCGUCAGAUGAAAUGCUUUUGAAUAACAAUGAAGAAGAAGAAGAUGUUGUUUUUUUGAGCACUCCAUCGAACCAUAUCGAGCCCUCUUCUACCGAAGGUGACCUGCAUAUACCCCUUUUGCAGAACCGGAGGCAGCCAACGUUGCAACCAAAAGAAAAACAACAACCCCACCACCCCCAGAAACAACAACAACAAGAAGAACAAGUCCAGCCAGAGGAGAAAGAACAACCCAGUCACCACAAAAAGGAACAAACGCAUCAGCAGCACAAGCAACAGCAACCCCACCACCACAAGCAACAACAACCCGACCACGAAGAACAACAACCACCACACCCACAAAAGCAGAAACAGACCCACCGCCGCAAACAAAAGCAACAGGGUCACCGCGGCGUUGCGCCUGUGCAGCAGGCAGAAUGGAGUGAAGACGAAGAUGCUGAAGGACUAGGAGUUGAAUCUUUGAGCUGGAGAAAGCAGAGUGGAUCUGAUUUCUUUAGAACAGUUGAAAAACUUAUACAGAAACCAACACUAGAUAAAAUUCUUCUUAUUUCAACAAUAUUUGCUGCUUCUUUCAUCUUUACUAAACCCCUACUGCAUCUCGCUCAUCUUCUCUUCACCUGCUGGUUGGCUAUCAAAGCGCUUUCCCUCAUUGAAUAG